UUAGUGCUGCAACCAAAUCACUACUGUCACGCGCACAUGGGCAAUGCCGGUAUUUUUCCCAUCAUAAUUUGCAACAUCUUAAAACCCAUAAGAAAAAGCACUGCGGCAUCGAUUACUGCUCGGGCCCUUUUAACAAAUACACCUCUGAUGAAAGUAUGGAUCGCUCGGGAAAUAUUGGAUGGUUUGGGAUUCCGGCCGAUGCUUUCCAGGACAUCCAACAGCGGACAUUCUCCCGUUUACAGGAACUGGGAGAAUGGACGCAAGACCGUUACCGCAGCAUUGUCGAUGCAUCAUUGCAUUUUUCUGAUCCCAGGUAUCAGCAUUUAUACCAGCGAAAGAGUCGUUUGGACCUCAUUCGCCUAUCCGCGUGUGUCUGUGGUAUUGAAUUCUGUUAUGCGGCGGAAACGGCGUUCGUGAGCCCGACCUUAUUAAAAAUCGGCAUACCGGUCCGUUUAAUGACGUUGAUCUGGUGUUUGAGUCCCGCCAUCGGCUUCUUCCUGGUGCCGUUUCUGGGCUCCUGCUCCGAUCGCUGCCAGUUCUUUAUGGGCCGUCGUCGUCCCUUUAUUAUUCUACUAAGCUUCGGUAUUAUUAUUGGUUUGGCAUUGGUGCCGCAUGGAGCCAGCCUUGGCUACCUUCUCGGCGAUCGAGCACCGCUGCAUCGCGGUGGACAUUUUAGCAUUAACGAAACUCUCCUUUUGCAUAAUAAAACGCUAUCAUUGGAAAGUGACACUGACGAUGUUGUGACGCAUUUCCGACCGAUUGGAAUAUUCUUUACUAUUUUGGGUGUCAUGUGUUUGGACUUGUGUGCCGAUUCAUGCCAGUCACCGAGUCGCGCGUAUUUGCUGGAUGUCAGUUUGCCGGAAGAUCAUGGCCGAGGCUUAUCCACAUUUACCUUCAUGGCCGGAUUGGGUGGCGGUUUAGGCUAUGUGCUGGGAGCCAUUCACUGGGAACACACCGCGCUGGGCGCGGGUGUCGGCGGUCAGGAAGCAGCUGUCUUCCUGAUUGUUCUAAUUAUCUACCUCAUCUGCCUGGCGAUCACUAUUACCAGUUUCCGCGAGAUGCCCUUGAAGGACAUUGAAGCGCGGACCCAUCAUCAGCGCACGGCGCAACAGCAGCACAACAAUCCGGUCUUUGAGCCGGCCGAACUGGAUCCGGCGGAGACGCAGCCGCAUCGCGCCGGGGACGCCAUUAACAACGGUUUUAAGAAUUACAAUGUGGAUUUCUGUGAGGUUGAUGUGUCGGAUUUCGCGCCCCUGCAUGUCGUGGACGACAGUGUGCGUGAGGAGGCCGCACUGACGAUUCAGGAUUAUUUAUGGUCCAUCAUUUAUAUGCCCAAAUCAUUGCGCGUCCUGUGCCUGACAAAUUUGUGCUGCUGGAUGUCGUUGGUGUGCUAUUCAUUGUAUUUUACGGAUUUUGUGGGGCAGAGCGUAUUUGGAGGUGACCCCACGGCGGUGGCGGCCAAUAGUGCGGCACGUCAUCUCUAUGAGGAAGGUAUUAGGUUUGGCUGUUGGGGCAUGGCGAUUUAUUCAGUAUCGUGUUCCUGCUACAGUGCAAUUAUCGAAAGAUUAAUCUUAAAGUGGGGAGCAAAAAGGAUAUACAUUAGCGGGCAGCUUAUUUACACCGUUGGAAUGCUACUGAUGGCUAUUAUAAGGACGAAGCCAUGUGUAAUCAUAUUUUCCGCCAGUGCAGGGAUUAUGUACUCGACAUUAUUCACCAUGCCCUUCUUUCUGGUUGCUCAUUACCAUUCUUCCGGUUUGUUCGAGGAAGAGCAGUCUAUCACAGCCCACAUGAUACAACACCGGAAGCACGUGCGCGGAUUGGGUACUGAUGUCGCCACAGUGAGCAGUAUGGUUUUCUUGGCUCAAUUCAUCCUUUCGGGACUUAAUGGAAGUCUUGUACACUUUACGGGAACUCCCACUUCUACAGUCGUUUUAUCCGCCGUGCUCAGUUUUUGCGGGGCAUUAGCAGCUACGCAAGUUACUUAUGUCAAUCUAUAACAUACAAAUUUAACACGGACUAUACCGCAGAUGCUGCGAUAAGUUCUCCUUGCUAAAAGCAAAACGGAAAAAUUAAUAAUAAUAAUAAUUAUACGUAAUAAAAAGCU